UAUUAUAAUUACAUAAUGCAACAAAGCAAGGAGAAUCGACAAGCCUCUUCCAGUGCCACCGUCACCACGUCAGCAUACUCCACCGUGGUUACACGAGCGAGGAUCCUUUUGUCCCUCUUGAGAACCAAUCCUUUUGGCAAGCUAACAACGAACGACCUUAACAAAGACAAAACGCCGCUGCUUAGCGUUUUCUGCGGCAGAACUGAACUCUACUCGUUCCCUGUGUCACAAUCUGAGGCAGCAGCAAGAGUUCAAGAAAACGUUAGCCACUUCAUCGGAAACUACAUCUCUGUCUUUGUCAUCUUCUUCUUACUCUCUUUGUAUAAGCAGACGACACCAUUUUUGGUGCUGUUAGCGAGUUUUCCCGUUACGGAUUAUCUCGACAGCUUGAUUAUUAAAAAAGGACUUGAUCAAGCUUACCCCUUCGCUCGUCGUUUGCUCUUCUUCAUCUCCAAAUUAGGAAUAGCGGCUCUUCUUUUGCGUAAGCAAGUUGUUAUUGCUUUUUUCUUGUCUCUUUCUGCUGCCUACGUAGCAAUGUUGUUGCACGGGGCGUUAAGGAAGUUGCGUGAGUGAGACUUGGAAUUCUCUAAACUACUUUUGGGUUUUCUCGAUUCGGACGAACUUUAGUAAUAUUAACAUUGUAUAGUAUGCUAGCUAAAGAUAUUUAGUAGUUUUUCUAAUAAACUUAUCCAUUUAAGUUUUUUUAAAAGGAUAAGCAAACCACUAAACAAGAAAGGUUUCAAAUAAAAAUAAAUAUUCCAAUACUGUAAAGAGUCUUGGAGAUAAUACAUUUAGUAACAAUACAAACAGAAAAUAUGCCUAACCUUUUGACAGAUAAUACACAACUAUGAAUAAAAUUCCUCUUGAAAACUCGGGAAAAGGAAAAUUACAAAAGAAAAUAUGUAA